AUGAAAUCCAACUCCUGUGCGGAAAUAAAGCCCUUAGCUAAGGAAAUGUUAGGCCCCCUAGAUUCAAUCGUCACUUUGGGUAGAGAAAACGGAAGUGAAGACGUUCUCAUCGCUCUCAUCGUUAGUGGGUUUGAUAAUUUUGACAAUAGAGAUUGGCAGAAGCAUCUAGGUAGUAGUGACGAACCUCCGACUCUUGAUCGUUUGCGUGAGUUCAUCGCUGCACAAAUCAUUACAUUAGAGACGUUAGAGUCGACUGAACGGAAGCCUAACCCAGGCCAACAACCUGACUCUUUGAAAUCCAAACAGAAAUCUUCGUUUGUUCAUCAGAGCACUGCAUCUCCUGAUGAGUCAGGAUCUCCUAGCUGCUUUCUUUGUGGUAAGUCCCAUUGCUUGCUCUCUUGUCAGUCUUUUCGUAAUAAAUCACUCGAUGAAAGGAGGCAGAUCAUUAACGAUAGACAACUUUGUCUCAACUGUCUUGGGCAACAUUUUGUUAGGCAGUGCAAAAGUAAGUUCUCCUGUUCAGUUUGCCACCGGAAGCACCACACCAUGUUGCACAAGGAAGAGGUUAAGUCUACUCCCGCGAAAGGUCCAAACUUGUCAGGUAAAUCUACAGAUAGUAAAGAGGGAGAUUAUGACAAGCAUCAAGGGUCUCAGUCCGACCAAAGCUUUUGCGCUACCGCUAGCUUGUCCCUUAGCCCUAGAUUCCCCUCGGGACCAAAAGUUCUGUUAGCUACCACUCGAAUUCAUGUUCGUGGUCCCCAUGGUCAGCAAGUUUCAGUAAGAUCCUUGGUUGAUCAGGGCUCUCAAAGUUCCUUAAUAACUCACUCGCUUUGCGAUACGUUGAGUCUCAAAACUCACCCAGCUAGUAUUUCGUUGACUGGUUNCUCGCUUUGCGAUACGUUGAGUCUCAAAACUCACCCAGCUAGUAUUUCGUUGACUGGUGUAGGUGAUUCUUCUACGACCUCUGUUCGGAAGAGAACCUAUAUAACUUUCCAACCUCACUUCGAAUUGAGUUUUAAGUGUGAUACCAAGGUCCUAGUAGUUUCGAAAAUUUCUUUUUAUAAGCCUCCAAUUUCAAGGAGCUUACUAACACUACCUCACAUUCAAGGACUCCAACUUGCAGAUCCUGACCUAUACACUCUAGAUAAAAUAGACGUUCUGCUCGGAGCCUCGGUCUAUGCUCAUGUUAUUCAAAACUCGAUUCGACGGGGCCCUGCAAAUCAACCUAUAGCCUUCACAUCCAGCAUUGGAUGGUUACUGUCCGGACCUGUGCCCCAUCCACCGGAAAAUGUCCCUUCUGCGAACCGGGAAAAUAACAUGAUCACUGCCCAACCCAAAGAGGUUACCGUAAUGCACAUCUCUAAAGACCUUGAUCUAAUUAAAAUAGUGCAACGAUUUUGGUUAGUCGAAGAACCCCUCUUUAUACCAGAGCUCAAGGGAGAGGAUCUUCAUUGCAAGGAACAUUUUGUUCACACGCACUCGCGAUCCUCGGACGGUCGAUUUGUGGUCAGACUUCCGUUUAAAGGUCAAGUUGCCGACGCUUUUUCCCUUCGGGAAAGCUCUUAUAAUACGGCGCUCUCCAUGUUUCGCCAACAAGAAAAAAGGUUUAGGAAUAACCCUCACCUGUUCGAGUCAUACAAGACCUUUAUGGCUGAGUACCUGGCUCUUGGUCACAUGCGCAAAGUAUCGAAUUCGAGCCUAGCGAAGUGUUUUCUUCCUCAUCAUGGAGUUUUGAAGACCAAUACGCCAACUCCUAAGCUGCGAGUUGUCUUUAAUGGCUCUGCUAGGAACAGAGGUGGUCUGUCUUUGAACUCCUUACUCCACACAGGUCCAAAUCUCCUGUUAACUCUUUUCGAGCUGAUUCUCAGGUGGCGGUUUUAUAAGUUUGUCUUUAUCACCGACGUAGAAAAGAUGUUCUGGCAGAUUCCAGUUCAUCCAGACGAUCAAACUUUUCAAGCGAUCCUUUGGAGACCAGACGUCUCUUCUCCGAUCAAAACCUACUUCCUUACUACCUCCACUUAUGGUCUCGCGUGUUCCCCGUUCCUGGCGACUCGUGUCUUACGUCAACUUGCCUCUGAGCAUGCUGAAUCGCAUCCUACAGCCUCCAGGAUUCUUCGCGAGGAAUUUUACGUAGAUGACUGUUUGUCAGGCAGUCAUUUAGUGGAGGAGGCCUCAAUAAAAUGUGAGGAACUCACGGAACUGGCACGGUUAGGUGGAUUUCCUCUUCGCAAGUGGUCCUCUAACUCGCCGCAGGCUUUGGCUAGCGUCCCUCUUGACCAUCGAGUCGACCAGCCAAAGACUUUGCAAGAAAAUCCAGAAGCCAUUCCAGUCCUUGGAUUGUCUUGGGACCCCCAGACUGAUGAAUUUGCUUUCAAAUUCACGAUUGAUGAGUUUCCUAAUCUCUGGACCAAGAGAACCUUGUUUGCCCAGACUGCCCGGUUCUUCGAUCCUUUGUGCUGGUUCUCAUAG